AUGAAGUCGAACCGCGCCGUCAACACCGCGGUCGCCGCAGCAGUCUUCUGCUCCUCGGCCUGCCUUGCAGAGGCAACACAAUGCCAGACAAUCCUGGCUCCGACCUACACGCCGCCGUCCGUCGCGAGUGGCUGGACGGCCCAAUUGAUUGCUUCCGGUCUUAAAAAGCCGCGAAGCAUCCAAUUCGAUACCGCCGGCGCUCUGCUUGUAGCUGAUGCCGGCGUAGGCAUUCGUCGCAUCACAUUCACUGACAACGGGGGAACCUGUUUGGCAGUGAAUCAGAACCAGCUCCUAGUCAAUCAGACCACUCUGAACCAUGGCCUCGCUGUCUCAUCCGAUGGGAGAUAUAUCUACGCUUCGUCUGCGGAGGCUGUCUUUGCCUGGGGCUACGAUGCCAAGUCCGGAACCGUCAGCAACAACCCGCAGACAAUUGUCAACAACAUGGCCAACAACGAUCUAGUCACCCGCACGCUCGUCACCUCUAAAGUGCAGCCUGGCAUGCUGAUCGUCUCCCGCGGUAGCGGCGACAACUAUGAUGUAGAUGCGCUCAACAUUGCUAGCGGCCUGGGUCAGAUCAGGGCCUUUGACCUCUCCAACGUUACAUCCUCGUCAGACCCCUAUGACUUCGAUUCGACCGGCCGACUACUGGGUUGGGGUCUGCGUAAUGCUGUUGGUGUCGCUGAGCAUCCCAAGACCGGCGGAAUCUACAGCUUGGAAAACAGCAUCGACGGGGCGACCCGGGAUGGCGUUGAUAUCCACGAGAACAACCCCGGUGAGGAGCUCAACUUCCACGGCUAUCUCAACAGCACAACCACCCACCAGGGCGGCAAUUACGGCUACCCACGAUGCUACGCUGUCUGGGACGCCUCGUCGAUGCCCGAUGCCACAGAUCUGUCCGUGGGCGAGCAGUUCAGCAUGACUACCAACAGCACCCUGAACGACACCACCUGUGCUGACGACUUCGUCGCCCCGAGACUGACGUUCCCCGCCCAUCAGGCACCUCUCGAUAUCAAGUUCAACGAUGACGGCACCACAGCCUAUAUCACCUUCCAUGGAAGCAUUGACAAGACGAACCCCGUCGGUUACCGCAUUAGUGCUGUUGCUUUCGAUGCCGCCACUGGCGAGCCGGUCGAUGCGUCGGACAGCACCACGGCACUCAGUGAUAUCAUCUCAAACCCGGACCUGACCUCCUGCCCCAGUGCUUGCUUCCGCCCUGUCGGUCUGGCUUGGGACAGCCAAGGCCGCUUGUUCAUGUCAUCUGAUUCAACAGGCGAGAUUUAUGUCCUGACCAGGUCCACUGCCACCACCUCCGGCACUGCCAGCGGUACCAUUGUCACCCCGACGGCAACGGCAAGUGCCAAGAAUUCCGCUUCUAGCAUGUGGAGUCGCGAUGUAUCGAUGGUGGGCCUCGCAGUCCUCGUUGGCACGUGGUUGACAAUCUUUUAA